AUGUCGGCCUCAGGAUCCAAAGUGCCCAGCACUAUUUCGGGCUCCUCGAGCUCUGCGAAGAAGGCUCUCCCUCGGGUUGAUCUCCAGGGCAAUGACCUCCCGCCCUCUCCAGCUCCCUCCAGUCCCCAUGCUGGACGCCGGUAUAACAUUGCCACCGAGUUGGUUUUUACCGAGAGCGGGGACCAAUACAAUGCCAGUAGUGUGCCCAUUUACCAGAGUGCGACCUUCAAACAGACCUCGGGCGCCGGAGGCGGAGAGUAUGACUACACCCGCUCUGGGAACCCAACUCGCACCCACCUCGAACGACACCUGGCGAAGAUCAUGUCUGCGCAGCGCGCGUUGGUGGUGUCAUCUGGUAUGGCUGCCCUGGAUGUAAUUACCCGACUUCUUCGUCCGGGUGAUGAGGUUGUCACUGGUGAUGAUCUCUACGGCGGCACCCACCGACUGCUCAAGUUUCUCGCGACGAAUGGCGGCAUCAUCGUACACCAUGUUGAUACCACCCAGCCUGAAAAGGUCCUGGAGGUUCUCAACUCUAAGACCGCCAUGGUUCUGCUAGAAACCCCCACCAACCCGCUGAUUAAGAUUGUCGAUAUUGGCCAGAUCGCCACGGCUGCUCACGAAGCUAACCCUAGCUGCCUGGUGACUGUCGACAACACUAUGAUGUCCCCUCUGCUACUGAACCCACUCGACCUGGGUGCCGAUAUCGUGUAUGAAAGUGGUACCAAGUACUUGUCUGGGCAUCACGAUCUGAUGGCUGGUGUAAUCGCCGUGAACGACCUACAGCUCGGCGAGCGGCUAUUUUUCCCAAUCAACGCCUCCGGCUGCGGCCUGUCGCCCUUUGACUCAUGGCUACUGAUGCGCGGUGUCAAGACCCUCAAGGUGCGGAUGGACCAGCAGCAGAGCAAUGCUCAGCGCAUUGCGGAGUUCCUCGAGUCGCACGGCUUCAAGGUUCGCUAUCCGGGCCUGCGGUCACACCCGCAGUACGAGCUGCACAACUCCAUGGCGCGGGGUGCUGGAGCGGUGCUGUCGUUUGAGACGGGUGAUGUCAAUGUUAGCGAGCGUAUCGUUGAGAGCGCCAAGAUCUGGGCGAUUAGUGUGAGCUUUGGCUGUGUUAACAGUCUGAUCAGCAUGCCUUGUCGGAUGAGCCAUGCCAGCAUUGACGCGAAGACGCGGGCGGAACGCGCUAUGCCGGAGGACUUGAUCCGCUUGUGUGUGGGCAUUGAGGAUGUUGAUGAUCUGAUUGAUGAUCUCCAACGCGCGCUUGUUCAGGCAGGCGCGGUCAAUGUCACGUUGGAUGACUUCCAGGCCGCCUCUGCGGAGUCUUCUGCGUAG